AUGGUCAAAGCUGUCGCCGUCCUCCGUCCCGACCCCAACGCGACUGUCCAGGUCUCCGGGCACGUCAUCUUUGAGCAGGAAAGCGAGAGCUCCCCCACCAAGGUGACCUGGGACUUCAAGGGCUGCGACGCCAACGCCAAGCGUGCCUUCCACAUCCACACCUUUGGUGACAACACUAACGGUUGCACUUCGGCUGGCCCUCACUUCAACCCCCAUAACAAGGAGCACGGCGCCCCCGAAGAUGAGAACCGCCACGUUGGUGACCUUGGCAACUUCGACACUGACGGGCAGGGCAACGCCAGUGGAUCCAAGGAGGACAAGUUCAUCAAACUGAUCGGCCCCGAGAGCGUCGUCGGCCGUACUUUGGUUGUCCACGCCGGCACUGACGAUCUCGGCCGUGGUGGCCACGCCGAGUCCAAGAAGACUGGCAACGCCGGCGGGCGUCCCGCCUGUGGUGUCAUCGGCAUCUCGUCUUAA